AAAUAGGUUUUAUACCUUUUUUGUUUCUUUUCAAUUUUCUAUGAACAUAUAGGACAACGGAAUCCCUCGCCACGUCAAUUGUUGCCCAACAUAAAUUGAUUUACUCGAUCCGACCAAAUUAGCUAGUCUGAGGGACAUACCCGACCAGGGAAACGGAGAAUCAUGUCGACUAAGCGCCCCCGAGACCGUGAUGCAAAGUCCGAAGAACAACGCACCACCGAACCGCCGGUAAAGAAGAAGAAGGGAUUUUCUGUAGGACCUGCAAAUCUGCCUGAUGGUACCUAUCGUCGGAAAACCCAGAAAAUUAAAGCCGACCUGAUUCAAAAGGCCAAAGUUAAAAAGGCCUACGCCAAGGUGCAGGCCGAGGAACUCGCGGCCGCACCACGCAAGUCAGUCUACGAGCUAGCCGAGGAAAAUGCAGAGCAUAUACCGCACCUAGAACCGGCCUCCCUGGAAUUGCACCCAGACCGCCAGGCGAUGCUGGAUCAACCACAGCCCGCGCGCACGACAGACCAGGAUGGCGAAGGUCGUCGGAAGCGGAAGCCCAAGCGGUCUGCUUUUACGAAAGAGAUGGAGAUUGCGGAGAAGCGCAGACAAGAGGCGCAGAAGCGCCGAGAAGAGCGCGAGCUUAGACAAAAGGACCGCGAAGCGAUGGCGAGGGCUAGACGACCAGACCAGCAAGGUAAGAGGAGAUUAGGUCGUGAAAGCCAUGUGUUACUGAGUCGGGUGCAACGGAUGGUCGGCCAGUCGUAGAAGGGAGGAGUUGUUCGCAGAAAUAGGACGUGGUGAUGGAUCAAAAGGUUUCCAAAAUGAUACCCACUGGAAUCUUGUUUAUGUACGUUCAGUUGUACCUGUAGUGCUGGAUACCAAAAUUCAAUUAUAUCUCAUUAUUUACUACGCUGGUGUCUUUGGCUCGGUCCGAGUUCUUU